UACAAUAUCAGAAGUGUUCCUAACCCAAAACUAUGAGUAACGCAGUUCAACUAUCCGAUUUUACCCUCGACCAACUAAAACAAUGGCUAUCAACUUUAAACAUGCCAACAAACGGCUCAAGAAACGAAUUAGUGCAUCGUCUGUAUAGUGUGCCAGUCGAAACACGUGGUCUUGCCCCACCUGGUUGGAACGAACAUGAUAGACGACAUCCAAUUGAUGCCUAACCCAGACCAAUUAAAUGAAGCGUCAAUUGGCGACGCAAUUCCGAGAAGCGUACAACAAGAAGCGGUAAACUCCAAUUUCAACAACAACAACGAUGUCGCGUUGGUUCAACAAUUACUACAACAACUUCAACUGCUGAUUCCUAGAAUCGAGCAUGGCCACGAUUUGGGCAGAUCUUUCCAGAAUUCGGAAAACAAUGGCAACGCCACUGGCAAUGUUAUCGAUAACAACGUAGCUAAUGAGAAUAUCGAUGACAGCAGCAUUCCCAUCAAUGGCAACGCCACAGUCGAAGCCACCAACCAAUACUCUGGCAACUCAAACGGCGAAUCGAUGGGUAUAGCUUUUUCACUGGCGAAGGAAGUAUUGAUGGACUUCAAUGGCGAAUCGUGCUCCAAAAAGUGGGUGGCUCAGCUUAAAAAUAUCGGUGAAGUGUAUAACAUAUGCAACACUCACUUACGAAUGCUAUUCAUUUGCAAGAUGAAAGGCAAGGCACAUUCAUGGCUUCAUUCGGAGGUUACACGUAUUCGCGAGCCAGUAGCAGUACUAUGCGAACAGUUAAUGGCAGCUUUUGGAGAGAAGAUGUCCAAGUCACAAAUGCGUCGUCAUUUGGAACAGCGUAAUUGGAAAUUUGGCGAAAAGUUUGCAGUUUAUCUGGACGACAAACUAAUGUUAGCCAACAAUAUUAACAUCGAUGAAGAGGAGCUCCUUGAUAAAGUUAUCGAGGGUAUACCUGACAAGGGAUUACGCACUCAAGCACGGAUCCAAUGUUUCGCCAACCCUAAGCAGAUGUUAGCUGCUUUCGCUGAGAUACAUCUAGAGGACAUUCGACGCGCAACUAAAGAUGAAAACGAAACUAGCAGAGCAAACAAGCUCCAAGAGAUGCGCUGUCGUAGAUGUAACAUUAGAGGACACCUGGUGAACCGUGACCACGGGCAACCGUGAAACUAAUGGACUCAACCGUACGAACCAGAGCAGCAACAAUUUCCGUGCCUCAUAGAUUCGGGGAGUCCAGUUUCCUUAAUCAAGAAGAAACAUUUACCUAAUCAUUCAUAUCUUUAUUCUGUCGAGCAAUCUUAUCAAGGGCUAAAUAGAAGUCCUCUCAUUACAUUGGGAAAAUUACUAUGUUACGUUGUGAAAAAUUCAAUAAAGAUUUACUUUUAUUUACUCGUUAUCCCA